CGGCCUCCAGCGCCACGGGAAGUCUGAGCAUGCGCCGCUAGAUAGGAUCUUUGGGGCAGAGAGAGCGAGUGCGCAGGCGCGAGUAAGAUGGCGGACGACAAGGACACACUCGGUAAGCUGAAGGACCUCGCACACCUGAAGGGGCAACUAGAGAGCAUCCAGAGGAAGGUGGAGGAGGAAGUGCAAAUGGGAUUGCCCAAUGGUGGCUCCUUGCUGGCCUCGCCGUUCCUGAAGGGCUUCCUCGCGGGCUACGUGGUGGCCAAACUGCGGGCAUCAGCCGUGCUCGGCGUGCUAGUGGGCACUGCCACCGGCAUCUACGCCGCCCAGAACUACAACGUUCCCAACGUAGAAAACACCAUCAAAGACUAUCUCAGCUCUCUGAAGAAAGGGCCCAAAUAAGGAUCGCCUGCCACACGCUACAGCUCAGAAACCGGUUGCUGCUUUAACACCCCCCCCCCCCCCCAUCCCUUCUAACCCCGCAGGACCCCAACCUACGUCAGGGAAGAGGAAGAGGCAACGACGCAGAGUCUGGGAAAAAUUUGGAACUUGACGCUUGGCUGGAUUGCACUUGAGUCUUCCGCUGAAUCUGAUCAGCGGGGUGCCUUCAAGCUCCUUGGUUUUUUAUAGCCUCCUCAGCUGCUUGGAUAUCAGUGGUGCAGCAGGUAGAGCUGUUGCCUCACACACCAGAGUUCAAUCCUAAUGUCGGGUGCUCCCGUUGUGUGGGGAGUUUGCAUGUUCUCCCUGUGACCGUGUGGGUUUCCUCCGGUGCUCCGAUUUCCUCCUGCAUCACAAAGACGUGCCCGUACGGGUUUGCAGGUCGAUUGUCCCUCUGUAAAUUGCCCCCUUUGAGAAAGUGAGACAAGAUCGACUAGAGUGAACGGGCGAUCGACAGUUGCCGGGCCGAAGGGUCUGUUUCCGCACUGUAAUCACUGAAUCGCUGGUUGCCUUUGAGCUAAUUUAGCUAACCUUCGGGGGAGAGAGUUGAGAUUGAUUAAGAGUUAUCGUGGAGAUGGGAGGUACGGUGGUGCAGAGGUAGAUUUGCUGACUUACAGUGACAGAAACCUGGGUUCAAUCCUGACCUCGGGUGCUGUCUACACAGAGUUUGUACGUUCUUCCUGUCACAACUUUGUUUUAUUCUGGGAGCACUGGUUUCAUCACAUACUACAAAAGACAUACAGCUUUGUUGGUUAAUUAGCUCUAGUUAAAAAUCGUAAAUUGUC